AUGUUGCAUUCUUAUCAAGAAGCUGGCCAUUGGCACCAAAUCGAUUCUAUGUUGCAUUCUUAUCAAGAAGCUGGCCAUAGGCGCCAAAUCGAGUCUAUGUUGCAUUCUUAUCAAGAAGCUGGCCAUAGGCGCCAAAUCGAGUCUAUGAUGCAUUCUUAUCAAGAAGCUGGCCAUGGGCGCCAAAUCAAUUCUAUGUUGCAUUCUUAUCAAGAAGCUGGCCAUUGGCGCCAAAUCGAUUCUAUGUUGCAUUCUUAUCAAGAAGCUGGCCAUUGGCCCCAAAUCGAUUCUAUGUUGCAUUCUUAUCAAGAAGCUGGCCAUUGGCGCCAUCUAAUUCUAUGUUGCAUUCUUAUCAAAGAAGCUGGCCAUUGGCGCCAAAUCGAUUCUAUAUUGCAUUCUUAUCAAGAAGCUGGCCAUAGGCAAAUCGAUUCUAUGUUGCAUUCUUAUCAGCUGGCCAUUGGCCCCAAAUCGCUGGCAUUCUUAUCAAGGCGCCAAAUCGAGUCUAUGUUGCAUUCUUAUCAAGAAGCUGGCCAUUAG